UUUGGACAAUAGAAUGGAAGAGUUCUCUGGUCUUCCAUUGGCCACGUGCCCCGAGUUGGAUCUUUCUUUGUCGGACUUGCAAGGUGAAUUUUUAGGAAACGGUGCCACGGGAGCAGAUUCCUUCAUCAAUGUUCCUGAAACAAUGUCCAAGUUUGAAGAUACGCCUGAUGGGAGGUCUUCUCACUACACUUUCCAUCCCUCAGGAGAUCGUGAGAAACCAGGCGAAACCAAGUCCACCAAUGUAAGGCAGGCUCCUCUUCUUUUAGCGUUCACUAACCCAAUCCACUUUCUCCAGCUCGGACCUCCUUCGCCCCCAAGCUUUCCAUACUCCGUGGUGCAUCAGGAUCUACAGUGGCCGGAGCAAGAAACCAGGACUUCAAAUGACCCAGUUGCGUGUUUCUCUGAAGGCCCAGGAAGGGUCAGAAAAGUCCUUGAAAAAUCAGCGGGGGAACCUGUUUGCCCAGAGAUCCAUAGAAAAGGCCUGGAAGGCAGACAUCCGCGCCUGGAGAAGUCCUCCAGCUGUCCAGACAAAAACAUUAUCAAGUUGGGUACCAAAGAAUCUGCUUUCAGCGCAAAGAAGCAGGAGGCAGGGGCCAAGCAGCGAGCGAAAAGCAAAGAUUGGCAUCGACACGGCUUAAGAAAGAUUUCGAUACCGACUGACGGUGCUGUAGAAGUCUCCAUAGCCUCUCUCCAUGCGAAAGAGGAAGCCGCCGGACACAAAGACAGAGCCAAUCACUUAGACUUUGUGAAAUACGGAGAGAAGAAAACACCAGAAACUCUAGAAAAUUUCAAACGGCGACGCUCCAAGCUGAUAAAUUCAUCCAAAUUGCUCUAUCAGGAAUACAGUGACGAUGCCCUGAAUAAAGCCAUCCAGAGCCAAAAACAGGCUUCGUUGGCCGAAGAGGUGGAACCGAUAUCUCCCAAGCUGCGGAGAAAGGUGCUGAGCUCCCAGGACUCUUACCUGCAACGCCUGUCCGUCUCUUCGGGCUCUUCGCUGUGGCAAGACAUCCCCAUGGUACGAGGGAGCACCAUGCUACUUAGCAUGACCCGUGAGGAGCAGAAGCUGCAAGAGGCCAAGUUUGAACUAAUUGCAUCCGAAGCCUCUUACCUGCGGAGCUUGAACAUAGCAGUGGAUCACUUUCAACGUUCCCAGGAACUUCAGGCGGUUUUAACCACGCAGGACAAACAGUGGCUUUUUUCCCGUCUUCAGGAUGUCUGUGACGUUAGUGCCAAUUUCCUCUUUGAACUGGAAGAGAAGCUUGAGGAGAACAUGUUCACCUUCAACGUCUGUGACGUGGCGCUCAGAAACGCACCCGAAUUUCGCAGGGUUUACUUGCCGUAUGUGACCAACCAGACCUACCAGGACCAGACCUUUCAGAGACUCAUGAAUGGGGUUCCUGCUUUCCAGCAGGUCUUAGAGAAACUGGAAAGUGACCCAGUGUGUCAGCGCCUCUCCCUCAAAUCCUUCCUCAUUCUCCCAUUCCAGCGUAUCACCCGACUGAAGCUCCUUCUCCAGAACAUCCUGAAAAGAAUUCCACCUGGGGCCGAUGAAGAAGUCCAGGCCACCCAGGCAUACGACGCUCUUGAGAAGCUCAUCAAAGAUUGCAAUGCAAAUGUCCAACGUAUGAAGAGCACCGAAGAAUUGAUUCACUUAAGUCAAAAUAUGGAGUUCGAAUGCAAGAUCUUCCCACUUAUCUCACAGUCCCGGCGGCUAGUGAAACAUGGAGAACUUACAGCUCUGGAAUAUAAUAUCAGCUUGAAGUGGAAGCUUACCACCAGACCCAUCUACCUCCAUCUCUUCAAUGAUUACCUGCUUCUAUCGCGACCCAGGGAGAACGGCCGUUUCAUUGUGUUCGAUUAUGCGGCCUCCUCGGAUGUGCGUGGGGAAAAGUGUGAAAUGAAACUCCACGGCGACAACAAAAACCUUUUCCGCCUUUUCCUGCUGCAGAACAAUCAGGGGAAGAAAGUGGAAUUCCUCUUCCGCACAGAAACACAGAGUGAGAAACUGCGAUGGAUUUCUGCUCUCUUGCCCCAACAGCCAGAACCUGACCUGUUGAAUGAUUCUGAUGCCGAUCAGGUGCAGUGCGUGAAAUCCUACAAGGCGCGAGAGCACGAUGAAUUGACUCUGGAGAAAGCUGACAUUGUCAUGGUCUUGCGGCAAAGCACUGAUGGCUGGGUUAGAGGCGUGAAGCUGUCCGACGGAGAAAGUGGUUGGUUUCCUUCCGAUCACGUGGAGUUCAUCUCCAGCAGGCAAGUCCGACAGAUGAACCUGAAGGAAGAGCAGCGGGUGAAAAAUGCCAAGCGGCAGGUCUUUCGCAAGCGGUAAAAGAUCCCCUCUCCAGAAGACCUCCACCCUUGCCUCUCCAACCCAGGAGGACGUCGCGAGGUGUUAAAACUGCCCUGUGAAUUACGAGACUGGAGGGGCGAAAGCAGAAACUGGUGUCACUGGCAUUGGCUGUACCAGUCUGUCCGUCUUCACCUGUGUUUGGAAAAAGCAGGAGGAAAGAGCCACAUGGUUUUUCAUGAGAGGAUCGUGGAGAAGAGGAAAAUGGACAAGGACCUUCCGAGAACCUGAGCUUUGCUCAGCCACGUUUAAAUGCACAAACCGCUGGCCCAGGGAGUUAGCUUCCGCUCUUGCAAAAAAAAAAUUAAAAAGGCUUUAGCCCACCUCACAGAAAGACGUGAGGCUAAAAUGUUAAUAUUUUUGAACGUGCUUCGGACUGUCUAGCAAAAUGCAGUAGAGGGGAAAAAAAAAUACACUUUGUGGUAUUAGGAUGAA